AUGUCCAGCCAAGAUCUACUUCUACCGCAUGAUUUAGAAUCUAAUAAGACUGACUCAUUUCAAAGUAACGCUGAUCAUAUAUCUUUAGAAGCUUCAACAACAAAUGAUGAUGAUAAAAUUGUGAAAGAUCCAAAUAAUUUAGAUUCAUGGAAUCAAUUAUUUGUACAAUAUGAUGAUACAAUAGAUCAAAGUAUUUCUCAAGAUGAUCCAACCAAAAAUUCAUUAAAUCAAGAAACUAAAACCAAGAUACAUAAUGCUUAUAAAACACUACUAUCAAGAUUUCCAUAUUUAGAAGAAUUUUGGAAAAAAUGGUCAGUUGUAGAAUAUAAAAUGAAUGGGAAAAAUGCAUCAAUUGAUAUUUUAAGAAUGGCAGUUGAGAAUUUUCCAAAUUCUGUAAGUUUAUGGUCAAAUUAUUUAUCUGCUUUGAAAGUAGUUGAUGAAAUUAAAAAUAUUGAAAAAUUUAGACAUUUAUAUAAUAUAGCAAUUGAUAAAAAUGGAUAUCAUUUUAAUUCAGAAUCAAUUUGGGAUAAAGUUUUAGAAUUUGAAACAAAUUUAGCAAAAGAGCAAGAUAAUUUAAAAUCUAAAGAAUUAUUAGAAUUAUAUUUAAAAAUUGUUAAAAUACCAUUAUAUCAAUAUGCUAAAUACUAUACUCAAUUUUCAGAAAUCAAUAAAAAUUACGAUAUAAAUUUAUUAAUACCGUCAAAAGAUUUGAAUGAUUAUGUUGUUAAAUUCGGGAAGAAGAAAAUUGAAGAUUUAUCAUUAAUUGAAAAGCAUCAAAUAAUAGAUGAUUAUUUUGCUAGUGUAUUUGCACAAACUCAAGCAAAAGUUAGUUCAUGUUGGGAAUUUGAACAAUCUUUACUCAAUCAAGAUUUUUCAAUAGAUAGAACUGAAACUUCCAAAGAAUUAAAUACAUGGAUUAACUACUUAGACAGGGAAAUACGAAUUUAUAACAAUUUACCAUUUGACGAAUUUCAUACACAAUUUAAUUUAGUGGUUAAUUUAUUUGAAAGAAGUAUAAUACCAAAUUGUUACAAUUCUGAUUUAUGGAUUAAAUAUAUUAAAUUCAUAUAUAAUUCUAAAAUUUCAGAAGAUGAAAAGUAUGAAAAACAACAAUUAAUUUAUAAUAUAGCUAAUUCAAAAUUUAUUCCAUUAAAUGAUAAUAAAUUAAGAAAAAUGUUUUCUAAAUUUUUACAAAGUUAUGAUAAAUUUAAAGAAGCUAAUGAAUAUUUAUUUGAUUGGAUAAAAUUGUUUAGUGGAGUAUCUAAACAAUACUAUAAAGCUCCAUAUUUGGAGAUUGUAAAUGAAAUUGUUUUAAAUUGGGGACUUGUUUUGACACCAAUCGAUUUUCAAAAACUCUUGGAACAAAUAAGUAGUACUUAUUAUAAUGUUCGUGAGUCUAAAAUCAAGAAAGGAGUAGAGGAAGCAGAGGACAAAGAAUACGAAGAUAAAAUUAAAGAAGAAACAAGUGAAACCAAUAAAUCUCUUUUACAACUACCGGAUAAAUUUGUACAAUCAUUUACAAAUUUUCUUAAUGAUGAUUCAAUACCAAUAAUAGUUGUACGACUUUUACAAAUCUAUAAACAUCAAAAUCAACCAAUAAAAAUAAGGGAUUUUUUCAAUCAAAAUUAUACACAUAAUUCAUUAAUUAAAUCAUUUGAAUUUUGGAAAUUUAUAUUUGAAUAUGAAGCACAAUCGCCUUUUAAAAAUUUAGAAAAUUUAAAAUUAAUAUAUAACGUAAUAAUUAAUGAAUCAAAUUUAACAAAAUCACAAUUAGAUAUAUUUAUUGAUUGGUAUUAUGAUAUAUCAUGUGCAAAUAUUAAUGAAAUUUUAAAUUUAAAUGGUAUGAAAUCAGAUGAUACAUUAAUUUUAAAAGAUUUAAAUUUAUCAAAUUCUUUAUUUUAUAAUAAAUUAAUUAGAAAACAUCAAGAAAAAUUUAAUUAUAAAAUUUCAAACACUAAGAAGAAUAAUAAUAAAUUUGAAAAUGAAGAUCCUUAUCUCAGCUAUUUAUCUAAACAGGCGGGACAUCCUGGUAUUUUAAUUGAAUCAAAUCCUGAAAUAACUAAUAAAUUUACUAAAAAAAAUAAUUGGAUAGAUUUAACUAAACGAGAUUUACAAACUCCUUCUUAUCCUACUUAUAAAGGAGUUGAAAAAGCUCAAUCUCCAAUAAAAUAUCCAAAUGAUUAA